AUGUCUGUAGAACAAGACGAUAUUGUUAUUAAAAAUGAAGAGAGUCAAGAGCAAGAUACCUCUUUGAUCCUUGAUAACCAAUAUGUAUUUAUACAAUUACCAAGUGGCAAUAUCAAAGUUGUUAAACUUCAGAAGGAUACCACUGUACCAUUAGGGAAGUUUGGAACGUUUCAUUCAAAUGAUAUAAUAGGACGACCAUUUGGUCAUUCUUAUGAAAUUUAUGAUCGUGAUAAAGUAAAAGUUAUAAAAAAUGUAGCAUUCCAUGAAAUUGAUGAAACCAGUGCUAACAAUAAAGAAAUAUUAGAUGAUCCGUCUAAACAAAAAUUAUCUUAUCAAGAAAUUGAGAAAUUGAAAAAGCAAGGAUUAGAAGGACAGGAUAUUAUCAAGAAAAUGGUAGAAAGUCAUUCAGCUUUUGAUCAAAAGACUGAAUACUCAAAAGCAAAAUAUAUCAAACGAAAGGAAGCAAAAUUUUCACGCGUUUUCACACCGGUGAGACCAACAUUGUAUUCUGUCUGGGAGUAUUUUUUCUCGAAAAAUCCCGGUAAAAUAAGGGAUAUGAGAAUUGAUACAUUAUCCCAGAUAUUAACUUUGGUCAAUGUACGAGCCGAUACGAAAUUGCUUGUGGUAGAUGACACACAAGGACUUGUGAUUACAGGUGUUAUGGAGAGAUUAGGAGGUUAUGGUACUAUACUUGGCAUUCAUGAUGGUGAAAAUCAUAAUUAUGAUAUCGUGAGGUUUAUGAAUUUUUCGAAAAAUGUUAACGAUUCAUUAAAGACAUUAUCUUGGCAACAAGUAUUUAAAGAAGAGGCGCAAGCAUCAUUUAACUAUCAAGAUGAAUCAACCUUAUCGGAAAAGGAUUUAAAAUAUUACCUUCGAAGGAAAGCAACUUAUGAAAGAAUAAGGGCCGCGAGAGAAAUUCUAUGGAAAGGUGGAUUUGAUGGUUUGAUAAUAGCGAGUCAAUAUCAACCCGAAUCUAUUCUAGAAGCAUUGAUACCUUAUUUGUCUGGAUCAAGAUCAAUUAUUAUUUAUCAUAUUAAUAAAGAGAUGUUGAUUAAUGCGUGUGUAUACAUGAGGAUAUCCAAAAGGUUUUUGAACCCACAAAUUACGGAAAGCUGGUUGCGUCCAUAUCAAGUUUUACCGGGAAGAACUCAUCCUUCGAUGUCAACAAGUGGAGGUGGAGGAUAUUUAUUACACGCAACUCAUAUAAUUAUUGAUGAUUCUCUUCCUAAUCCUAUACCUUCUUACAUGAAACAAAAAGAACAAAAAGGUACUUUGGAGAAGGUUAAUCAAUCUUGUGAUGAUAACACAAUUACUUUGACUGAUCAAAAUUCGAUGAAUAUUGAUGAGAAUAAUGUAAAAAUUUUAAAUCAAAAUGAUACGACUGAAGCUAAUUUGAAUAUCAAUGGGGAAGAAGAAUUACAUCAAUUAGAUAACAAAAAAAUCAAAUUAGAUUAG